CCCCCCCCCAUCCCCCUACUUUAUUUGCAUUUCCUGGCAUUUAAUUCGAGCCGCGCCCUUAGCAUUUUCAUAGGGGAAUGUUGGAAUCCUGUCCCUGUUAAACUGGCACUAGCGCCCUAAAGGCGGAUGUGCAGCCAGACGGCCGGCCAGCAGUGGAUCCAGAGAGUCUCCUUUCCGGACGGGGUCCGUCCGGUCCCUGGCAUCUUGCCGCUCCUAUUUUGCGGCCCCACUGGCUGCUCCCAGCACCCCUUGGAAUUGCACGCGCACGGCGGCAGAACUCUGGUCCAAUGGCAUGGGUCAAGUUCUUCAAAAAGCCGACGGGGAACCUGGGGAAGUCCUACCAGCCCGGCAGCAUGCUAUCCCUGGCCCCAACCAAGGGCCUGCUGAAUGAACCAGGACAGAACAGCUGCUUCCUCAAUAGCGCCGUUCAGGUGCUGUGGCAGCUGGACAUCUUCAGACGCAGCCUGAGACAGCUCUCUGGGCACUUCUGUCUGGGGGGGACCUGCAUUUUUUGUUCUCUAAAGAGCAUCUUCACGCAGUUCCAAAACAGCCGGGAUCGCGCACUGCCCUCAGACAACUUGCGGCUCGCCCUAGCCGAGACCUUUAAGGACGAGCAACGCUUCCAACUGGGAUUCAUGGAUGACGCGGCUGAGUGCUUCGAGAACAUUCUGGAGAGAAUCCACAUGCACAUCGCACCCGACUCUGAGUCUGACGCCUGCACGUCCAAGUCCUGCAUCACGCAUCAGAAGUUCGCCAUGACUCUGUAUGAGCAGGCGGUGUGUCGUAGCUGUGGGGCGUCCUCUGACCCCCUCCCUUUCACCGAGCUGGUGCACUAUGUGUCCACCACAAGUCUUUGCCAGCAGUUGGAUCAUGGACUUGAUAGGAAUGAGAAGAAUGAGAGGAAUGACAGGCCCAGAUCGGACCGGUUCGGCGAGCUGCUCUAUGCAGUGUGCGCUGUCGGGGACCUGAGGAACUGCCCGAGUGAAUGUGGCCAGAGGAUUCGCACGCGGCGGGUGCUGAUGAACUCGCCAGACAUUGUCACCAUCGGCUUUGUUUGGGACACAGAGCAGUCCGACCUGACUGAGGACGUCAUCCGAUCACUGGGGCCCUUAAUCAGCCUCACUGAGCUGUUCUACGGCGUCACGGACGAGCAGGCGAAGAAGAGUGAGCUGCGAUUGGUGGGGAUGAUCUGCUACACCAGCCGUCACUACUGCGCCUUUGCCUACCACACGAAAACCUCCAAGUGGGUCUUUUUCGACGACGCCACCGUGAAGGAGGUUGGCUCCAAAUGGAAAGACGUUACCACUAAAUGCAUACGAGGCCAUUUUCAGCCCCUCCUGCUGUUCUACUCCAACCCCGACGGCAGUGCGGUCUCCCCCGACGACGCUCCUCGGCAGACCGGCAUGGGCUCCCACUACAAGCCCGCCGUCAAUGGAGAGGCCCCAGUGCCCGAGACGGUUGCCGCAGUGCCCAAGAGGACGGAGAACGACGCGGUGCUGGAGCCCAAGCCGCAGACCCCGGGGCCCCCCAGGACAGCCUUCAUCCGGGGCAGUGGGCAGACGAGCGGGGGAAGAGGACCCGUGAGGAUCCUUCACAUGGACCCCAGAAGUAAGCUGAAGGAGCUGUCCAGGGAGUGCGCUCAGCGCGUUGGAGAAGUGCGGGGAACGCUGGCCCGGAGGGACCCGGAGAGGAACCAACGGACCCAGAGGCACCGGGUCCAGGCAGAGAGAACGUCAAGAGACGUGAAUCACGAUAAGAUGUAUUCCCGCUCUGCCUCGCCCCCGGAAAGUGGCUUCAAGCAUUACGCAGAGCAGCGGCUCUACAGCAGCCAGGGGAAGGGGCCCUCACGGGGCCAGGGGACCCCGGUCCUGCCAAGAGCUACCCAGGAGCUGUUCUCCCCAUCCCGGGUGCAGGUGUUACCCAGCGUCCAGGGUCAGCGCUUCGACCUCGCCAAUGGCUAUGACACGGACAGCAGCCAGGAGUCCCGGGAGAGAGCCGGCCGCAGCAGACCCAGGGCGUGGAGACCCAUGCGGGAGACGCUCAACGUGGACAGUGUGCUGAGCAGCCAGGACGAGGAACAGCAGCAGCAGCCGCGGCAGCAACAGGGUACUCGCCGAAGACCUCCCGGCCAGGAGAGGGCACUCUAUGAACGGGAGCGAGCCAGGGCCAGACAUGACCACCGAUCCAAGAAUCUCAUGACCAUUUACGAAGACGAGCAGAAGAACGACAUGGGCAGCCACAGCUCGCUGGAGUCCGAGGGCCAGGGCACCGUGGACAAGGAGAGGACUAAGGGCGGGUUGAACCACGCGAUUCGGAACGAUGCCUGGAAAAUCCAGCGCACAGAAUCCGGAUAUGAGAGCAGCGACAGGAUCAGCAACGGCUCUACCAAUCCCGACUCUCCAGGUGUGGAGAACUAUGCUGCCAAGGAGCUGAAGCCAAUACCUGAGAUGAGGGACCGGCCACAUCCCGGCAGAUACGACGACCCGAAGCCUGACCUUCCACUGGCCCAGUCCUCCCACGGUGAACAUCCUGGCAAAGGUCAUAACCUCCCAGAAUCCCAUAACCUCAGAUCUCCUUCAGUUUUACAAAGAAGAAAAGCAUUCAGAGGCGCUGGAAGUGUGGAUGGCAUGGAUGGAGAUGAGAAGGUUACUAAUGUAAAUGGGUGGAGCCACCAGCGAAGAAGCCCCGUGCUACCUGGUCUGGCCAAAGGGAGCAGCUCCGAGUGGAAUAGCUCAGAUGAUCUGCUGGACGGCUCAGAGACCGAGGACAUCUGCUCCCGGUCCAGCAGCGGUAACGUCACCCCUGCCUCGCCCUCCUGGGAAUCCCCCCAGCCCAUUUACCAAAACCUGCUGCCACUGCUGCCCCGGAAGACGUUCCCUCAGACUGCAGACGGGAGCAGGACCACCCCCCAAGUGCGGCAGCUACAGGAACUCACACAUCCUAGUCCUAGGGUGGGAUUUCCAGGACGAUCCCCCACACCGUGCCUGCCUCCUAACCAUGCCACAAAACAAGCAUCUUCUUCAGACAUCACAUCUAGAUUUGAGCCCUCACACUUGGACAGGGGCAAACUGCUGGCCAGGGAAGGUGAAAGGAAAGGCCCUGAUGGGUCAGCUGACAAGGUCCUGCCAACCACCUCCUUCUUGGUGGAUGGCUGCAUGACUGAUAGCUACAGGCAGAAGUACUACCACCAGAGGGUGCUGCAGGGUAACCAGAAAUGCUCCAGCAGAAGAGAGCUUCAGAACACCAAUCACCCAGUUUCCAUGGAGUUUCACUCAAACUCCUCAGUACCCAGUCAGCAUCAAGAAACAUGGCCCUCCCUCUCCCAGUGGUUAUAGUGGUGACGGUUAAUUCAGCUGUUGACAUGGUUAUCUUUUAUUAAUCUUUUUAAUGCAGUUCAGUUUAUACAACCAGGUCUUCUGCUAAGUGAAAUCCAGUAACUUCCAGUGAACUAGGUAAAAUUGACUGGUCUGUCACUUUUGUAAAAUUCAUAUCUGAUGGCCUGGCAAGUUAUUGUGCUGCUAAAAGCAUUAGUCAUUAGACUGUGUUUAAUUCUAGUAGGAUAAUUCCGUCUGGCUGCUCCAGCUCAUUUAAUACGGCUUACAAAACGCAUCCAUUAUUGCUUAGUCUGUAAUUUUAGCUUCUUCUGAUUAUGUCGGAUGUUUUUUUUUUAUAGCCCAGAGGAUACAGACGACCAGAUAUGCAGCAUUUUGCCAAAGGGAAUUUUCAUUUGAAGCUUGAUCCCCAAAGCUUGCCGAUUCUUCAUUUUCUAGGGCAGUGUUUCCCAGGAUGAUUUCCCUCCCUGCCAGACGGACAUUUUUAUUCCCUUCCAGCUCCCGGGAAGAAAAACAUGGACUGUCUGGUGAUCUCUGAGGACCAGGUUGGGAAACGCUGUUCUAGAAAAGUGCUAAAAAUGCCGUUCACCAGCAGAUGGCAGCUCCUCUGUUUGCAUAGUUGCCUUUUGAAGUAGAUACUACAAAUCCAGUAUGAACUAAGAACCGUUAAUACAUUUACUUUUGUUGGGUUAGUCUAAGUAUUAAUAGCUAUUGGAUUGCAUACCAAUAUAUGUGAAAGAAGGAACAAAUAGCAGCCCAUUAAAACUAAUUUUAGUGUAAUAGUGGAAAACUUCAUAUUCACAUUGCAAAAUUUUUCCUAUACAAACCGUUUUUCGAAGCAGCAUUAAGAAAAUGCUGUUUUAUGUCACAAAACUCACUGCCAAACCCUUUAAAAGAAAUAGAUUUUGACAUUUGUGUGCAGUGUUUUUUGGGGGGUGGCAGGGGGUUGUAAAAACCAGAAAGAUCGGACAGUCGGCAAAACAACUUGCGUUUGAGUGUUUUGAGUUUGAAACUUCCACACUGCAUAUCAUGGUUAUAGGAGCAGCGCACAUGGACGUACAGCCCAGUGUCUGACAGUAUCCAUCUCUACGCUCCCCACCCACCACCACAAAUAUCUUUACAUUUCUAAAUUCAUGCGUGACAGCAUUUCCAUACAUUUGACUCGUAUUUGGAUUUGCUAGCAUAAUUUUGGUUUUCUAACUGUAUGCACAAAACAAUACUUUUGUGUUUUAAAGCUUUUUUUUUUUUU